AGAUCAUCAACGAGUACAACGCAUCGGGCUCCGACACGCUCUCGUUCAUCGAGUUGAAGUCGUUCGUCGAGAAAACGCCGUCGAGCGCGCUCGCGGAGCCGCUGGCGCACCGCAUCAUCACGCACCCGUGCGGCACGCUCGCGUACGCGGCGCCCGAGAUUCUGA